AUGACGACUUUAUCGGGACCAGAAAGACCUGAUCUUUUCAAAGAUGAAUUUCUUCAAGAUAUUUUUAUUCAAACAGCAAAAUGUUUUCCAAAUAAAAUAGCUCUUCGUUGGCAAAAUGAAGAGAUUACUUAUUAUCAGCUGCAUCAACGAGCAAUGCAUUUGGCUUCUGUUUUACAGCAAAUGAAAAACAUCGGUGUAGGUGAUCGAGUGGGUAUUUGGUUAGCACGUUCCGCUCAGUUACAUAUCACUAUUCUUGCUGUUUUGAUGACUGGUGCUACGUAUGUUCCAUUCGAUGCCGAUGCACCACAAGAACGUGUUAACGAAAUACUUGAUGAUUUGCAGAUUGUUAUUCUUCUUGUCGAUUCUCGAGCUUCUAUACUACAUCCGUUAGCUUUUAAUGUGGAACAUUUACACGAGAAUUUAUUUAUCGUUGGCAAUAUUAAUCAAAAAAGAGUAGAUACUCAUAGAAAUUUACCAGCCUAUAUUAUUUGUACAUCGGGUUCAACAGGAAAACCUAAAGCAAUUGCUAUUAGUCAUCGAAGUAUCUGUCAUUUCAUACGUGCUGAUAAUGAAAUGAUGCAAAUUAAAUAUGAAGAUAUUGUUUAUCAAGGUUCAUCAGCUGCAUUCGAUAUGUUUCUUGAAGAAACAUUUCUUUCAUAUUCCGUUGGUGCAACUCUUGUUAUUGCUUCGAAAAUGGAUAUUUUAAAGAGUGAUCAAUUACAUAAUUUCUUUAUUCAUCAUUCGAUUACUGUAUUAUUUUGUGUACCAACAUUAUUACUUCUCAUGCAUAACGAUCCAGCACUGAAACUUCGUUUGAUCAAUACGGGCGGAGAAGCUUGUCCACAGACACUUGUUGAUCGAUGGUGGAAAGAAGAUCGUAUAGUGUUUAAUUCUUAUGGUCCUACUGAAAUAACUGUUGCUGCUACAGUUCAAUCUCUUCGUCCCGGUCAACCGAUUAGCAUUGGCGCUCCAUUACCCAACUAUGUAUGCUGUCUUCUCGAUGAAGUUACUGGUCAACCAACAUCUGAGAUAAUAGGUGAAUUAUGUAUUCGUGGACCGGGUAUUGCUCUGGGUUAUGUCAAUCGAGAAUCGUUAACAAAAGAGAAAUUUACUGAAUAUGGAUAUCGUACAGGUGAUCGUGUAUCAAUUCAAUUUGGACAAAUUUUUUUCCACGAGCGAAUUGAUUUACAAGUAAAACUUCGUGGAUUUCGUAUUGAACUUGAUGAAAUUGAACACGAAUUACUUCGCUUUGAAAAUAGAGUAGUAUCGGCUGCUGUAGCUGUGCUCUACGAUCAACUAAUUGCUUUUAUCGUCGGUGAACUGAGUGAAUUACAAAUGCGCGAAGAACUUAGACAUCGAUUACCUUCCUAUAUGGUACCUGAUCGAUUAGUAAAGAUCGAUGGAGCAAUGCCUCGUUUAUCUAGUGGAAAAAUCGAUCGCAAAGCUCUUGCUACUCUUUUAGUAAAAGAUGAUAUCGAUAAACUGAAGGUUAUGGCAAUAGAAAUUGAGCCAGAAAGAAAUACUACGAAUGAACUCGAUAGCAAUCGCAAACCACUGGAUAUUGUUCUUAGUGCUUUUCAAAAGAGUUUUCCACAUAAACAACCAAAGCCGGACGAUAAUUUCUUUAUUGAUCUUGGUGGUCAUUCAUUAAUUGCAGCACUUACUAUUACUGAACUGCGUCAAUGGUUUCCUAGCAUUGCAUUACAUGAUUUGUAUGAAUGUAGAACUGCAGCUAAACUUGCUGAACGCUUGACUCUAUUAUCUGAUGAGAAGAAAAACGAAACAACUUUAAAGAUUCCGAACACUUGCGUCAAGCCUUCAUAUACAAGAAUUAUUCUCUGCAGUGUAUAUCAAGCAAUCGUAGUUCUUAUUCUUGGUGGUAUAGUCUCACUUGAACUUAUUCUACCUUAUAUUAUUUUUGUUCGAAUUUUGCAUGAUCAUCACGGCAUUGGCUAUGCAUGUCUUGGUGCAUACGGAAUACUUUUUAUUGUACCAUUAUUUCGACAUCUUUUUUCUCUUAUUAUAAAAUGGAUUCUUAUUGGUCGAUAUAAAGAAGGUGAUUUUCCUUUAUGGGGUUGGAUGUAUGUCCGAUGGUGGACUGUUGAACAAUUACGAAAUUUAGCUAUGCCUGAAACUUUCGCUGAUAGUCCACUGAUGAGUAUUUAUUAUCAAUUAUUCGGCGCCAAAAUUGGUCGUAAUGUUCAUCUUGGUUCUAUUAAUUGUGAAGCGCCUGAUCUAUUAGAAAUCGACGAUGACACAACAAUAUCAUCGGAAGUUCAUUUUCAGACUGCUUUUGUCGAAGAUUACACACUAAAAUUUCGUCGUAUUUAUAUUGAAAAAAAUGUCUAUAUUGGUAGUCGUAGUGUUUUAGGUGGAGAAACAAGAAUGAAAGAUAAUUCUGAAUUGAAUGAUUUAUCUUUUCUUCCACCUGCUAUAUGUAUACCUGCAGGUGAAGUAUGGCAUGGUUCGCCAGCUACCUAUUCACAUUGUGUUGAUUCGAGAGCACCGCCUAACAGCUGGACGAACACUAAAACGACAUCUAUUGGUACUACAAUAAUUUUUUCAGUAAUCGUUCUACUAUUCAUACCAUUGUUCUAUUUUAUACCAAUCAUUCCCGGUCUCAUUCUUUUUGAAUAUAUCAAUUUAAAAUCUGUUAGAAAUUGGAUUCAAAUUUUUAUCUUUAGUCCACUCGUUGGUAUUCUAUACACAUGUUUGGUUAUUAUACAAAUCAUUGCAGUUCGUUAUUUAAUUGCUGGCAAGCCAAAGGUAGGUAUUUAUAGUACAAAAUCAUUAGUUUAUAUACGAAAAUGGUUAUUUGACGGAAUUUUGGCAAUUGCUUUGCAUAUUAUUCAUACUUUUUAUGCAACACUUUACAUGAUACCUUUUCUACGAGCAUUGGGUUUGAAAAUUGGUCGACAUUGUGAAGUAUCGACAGCCGUAGGAAUGGUUCAUUCAUUGAUAGAAAUCGAUGAUGAAUGUUUCAUUGCUGAUGGUGUUCUUCUGUGUAAUCCACAUAUUCAAUUUGGACAAAUACAUUUUCAGAAAACAACUAUUGGUAAACGUGUCUUUAUUGGAAAUACAGCGAUCAUUCCUGAUGGAAAACAAAUACCAAAUGAAUGUCUAAUUGGAUGUAUGUCUCUAUUAGCAGAUGGAUUGCAAACAAAACAAUCAUGUUUCGGUUCACCUGCAUUCGUCCUUCCAAAUCGUGAACAACCUCCACCUGAUACUUCAGAAACUUCGACAUAUCAACCGAACAUUUGUAUGGUUUGUCAACGGCUAUGUAUCGAUACAAUAAGAAUAUUCUUACCAAGAAUUAUUAUUGUCAUAGAAAUUGGUAUAGCUACUGAAAUAUUUGAUCAUUUCAAUCGAUCGAUUCAUUUUAUUUAUUGUCUACUCCUACUACCUAUUAUUUAUAUGGCUAUAUUUGUCAUACCAUCUUUAGUCUUUUGUAUUUCACUUAAAUGGUUACUAAUAAGAAAAUAUCGAAAAAAUCAUUAUCCGUUGUGGAGUUGGUUUGUUUGGACAUCGGAUUUUGUUACAGUAACUUAUGAACAGUUAGCCGUUCCACUUAUUCUCGAGUUUCUUCAAGGAACUUACUUUAUAGCUCCAAUCUUGCGUUGCUUUGGCGCGAAAAUCGGUCAUCAUUGUUUUAUUAAUACAACUCAAAUAACCGAAUUCGAUUUAAUUCAUAUCGGUAAUCAGGUUGUAAUAAAUACUGGAGUAGAACUUCAGACUCAUCUUUUUGAAGAUCGUGUUAUGAAAAUGGGUGAAGUUUGUGUGGAAGAUCGGACAAAUAUUGGUUGUCUAUCAGUCAUGUUACCAGAUACUCGACUGGAUUUAGGUUCAGUAUUAGGUCCAUUAAGUUUGGUCAUGAAAGGUGAAGAUAUUCCUCCUUAUACCUCUUGGCAAGGUAUUCCAAUUCGAGAAUACAACUGA